AUUGCUUUGAGAAAUACAAAUAAAUAAAAGGAAAAUUCUUUUUUGGUUACUUAUAAAAGUUCGCCACAGUACCAAAAGCCGUUAGUUAGACAAAUGUGCGGUUUCUGUCGAGAAGUACAAUAAUUUGAUAAACGAAAAUAAUUUUUAAGUGUAAACAAUGUGGAUACGGUCCGCGAUAAUUAUUGUAGCCCUCUUGGGCGCGGUUUCUUCUUUUCCCGAUGGACGCAUUGUAAACGGUACUACGACUGUGAUUGGCAAAUAUCCAUUUAUGAAAGUUCUCUCAUCUCCAUUUGUAAAGGUCUCUCUGCGCUUAACGAAAGGCGCACAUACUUGCGGUGCGAGCAUCAUCGCGCCACGCUGGAUACUUACGGCUGCGCAUUGCGUUUACGAGCGCGCAGCAAAGGAUCUCAGCAUACAGUUCGCCGCAAAGGUAAUCAGUCGAUACAGUGGCAAUUUCGCGCCAGUUGAACGCAUUAUUGUGCAUGAGAAUUAUACGCCGGGCGGCUCAUAUGCCAAUGAUAUUGCCCUUGUAAAAUUGUAUAACGGUUUAGUGUAUGAUUAUGUGAAAGUGGCGUCGGUCGCCUUACCGGAUCCAUACUUUGAGGUGCCGCAGACAGAGAUAGGCGCCGCUGGUGUGCUACUCGGUUGGGGUCUAAAUGCGACUGGUGGCGUCAAUACGCCGACACUAGAAGAUGUCCACCUGAAGAUUUAUUCAGAUUGCGAGUGUACCACUCGUCAUAGUGGCCACACUAACGCCGAUCAUUUAUGUGCUGGUGUGGAUGUGGGCGGUAAGGGCCAAUGCACCGGUGAUUCCGGUGGUCCUUUGCUCUAUAUGGGUAGCAUACAAUUGGGCAUCGUAUCGUGGAGCGUUAAACCGUGUGGUGUCAAGUAUUAUCCGGGAGUUUAUACAAAAGUUUCGCACUAUAUUGGCUGGAUACGCAAUCACACCGAUGCAGUUGUUUGAAUUUAUUGAAAAUAUAUAUAACUAAUAUAUAUAUAUAUAUAUAUGUAAUUUUUUUUA